AUGUGGUUUAAGGUGAGUAGGCGCAAAAAGAAUGGAAGUCGUCCCGCCUCCACGCCUCUCAAAACGACGACUAAACCGAAGAAGCCCAUCACACGGUUUCACUGGCCCUCUCUCCGCCGUUGUUCUUUCCGUCGAAAACCACGUCCCUUGACUCCCAUGAAGCAAUCGUCUCCCGCGCGUAAGCGGGGCGCCCUCCCUGCACUGCCGACUACCUCCAUUGGUCGCAGUCUCCCUUACCGUCCACCCAGCCGAAUUCGUUGUGGCACAAGCGUAAUCCCCAUUAUGAGGGCAUCGGCUUUUCGCCUGCGUCAACCUGUUGCUAUCAAACGCCACGCAACCACUUCGGAGCAUCAACUAUUCAAGAUGAGGCGGCUGAGUGGCUACGGGCACUGCAACCCGAUUUACGAUGAUGUGUGUAGUGACUCCUACACAGAGACGGAGGAAGAAGCAAUAUACGAGGAGAUUAUACCUUUCAGAAAACGUGUUCUCGAUGCUCCAACGUCCUACCUUGAUUUAAUGAAUGUCUCGGCGUUGGUUACAGAUUCGCCACAAAAAGGCAUCAGGCUACCAUCCCCAACACCCUCACAAGACGUCUAUGCUCUGCAUGGAGGGGACUGUGUGAGCAUUGCUUCUGGUGUCUACGACGACGUGGCAUCGUCUUCGUGCAGUGAUUCUGAUGAGGACUUUGAUGAGGACGCAGGUAUCUACGGUUGGGCGACCGGUGCCACAGCAGCACAGAACAUUCCCUGGCCCACGGCAGCUUACGGAGGAGUGAGGAACAACGGCGAUCACACGGCUCUGCGUUGGAUUCAUCGGGAGUCCUACGUAAUUCAAUAG